AUGGAAGGCAAGGCUUUACUCUUCAAGCGUUUCGGUGAUGUCGAUGCCAUCCCACUCUGCGUCCGCUCCAAGAACGUCGACGACAUUGUCCAAGUUGUCUCACUCCUCGCAGGCUCCUUCGGUGUGUCAACCUCGAAGACAUCUCAGCACCACGCUGCUUCGAAAUCGAGAAGCGUCUCCAAGAGAUCUGCGACAUCCCAAUCUUCCACGAUGACCAGCACGGCACAGCCAUCGUCACACUCGCCGCACUCCUCAACGCACUCAAGCUUGUCGGCAAGAAGAUCGAAGAGAUCAAGGUUGUCACAAGUGGUGCAGGCGCAGCAGGUAUCGCCAUCAUCAAGCUCCUCAUCGCAGUCGGUGUCAAUCCAAAGAAUGUCAUCCUCACAGACAGACAAGGUGCCAUCUACAAAGGCCGCUCCGGCUUGA